ACAUGUCCAAUAGUUCACUGUGGGCUCUUGCAAUCUUUGCGGGUUUGUGGUCUUUCUCCAGAGCAAAUUCAUGCCUCCGGGACAGGAUUCCCGAGUCUCAGCGACAUUACCUGUUCGAAAAUUCUUCUCUGAAGGGAGAAAGCACUCCUACACCAAUUCGUUUGGUCGUCUAUGAUUGGGCUUCAGCAGAUGUGGCCUCAACUUUGGUUGAAAUUUUGAUCGGAGAAGUGCUUGGAUAUCAUGUAGUCCAAGAUGCAACCAAAACAGUCAGCAUUUUUGAUGGCAUUCUGAAAUUAGCUGGAUGUACCUCUGCAGAUUGUUCGCAAAGUCAGGUGAAUAGCCAUGUGGCAGUUGAAACCUGGUUGGCGGAAGCCAUUACACUGUUUCAGAACUUUCAGGAAAGCAAUGCUGCAAAGGCUCCUGAAGAUCUGGGCAGUAUGGGCUACAAUGGGGAUCAUAAUCUCUUCGUCAAGGGAUCCAUUCGUGACAUAGCUUAUCAGGAUUCAGGCCUGGCACUGGACUUCUACAAAAGUUUCAACACCACUUUCCACAAGCCGCAAAAGUACUUUGGCCACUUAGAGGAUUUGGAUCCAGAGGACUUUUUCCUCUGCGAUGCUGAUGGUUUGGAAUUUUCCAAUGCCUUACGGAUGAGUGACUACAUCCGUUGGACGGGAGACUUGGGUGGUGUGACGCAGCUCCCAGGUGGAACGUAUAUGGCUCGAUGUCCCAAUGGCCGCUUUUGGCUGGCGCCUAGUUGCAGGCACAACUCAAGCGAAUGCAUUCCACUCCUGGCUGCUGGAAAUGGUUGGAUUGUGGAUGCAAUGAUGCAGUGGUCAACCGUCUACGGCUUCCCAGUUGCAAUUGGCAUCGCAGCAAGCUGGGACAUUUUCGUCUCCAAUGUGAUGAAUACUCGGUCCUUGUUCUACUGGUGGAUGCCUGAUGCUACCUUUCUCCAGCUAGAUCCCUCCUAUAUUGUGCUGCCACCCCACAGCCCCAUUGAGUGGUCUCAAGGAAACCUGCGCACUGCUGGAAGCCAGAACUACAUCACUAAGCUCGUCAGUCCUGAAGUUCGGGCAUCUGCUCCUUCGGUAAGGCUCUUUCUUCAAAACAUGAAACUAGAGCUGGGCGAAAUCAAGCAGCUCUUGCUUGAGGUGGCCAAUGGAAGAUCAACCUUUGAUACCGUUUGCAACUGGGUCAUUGCCAACACAGGCAGAUGGAGACAAUGGAUCCCGGUGGAAACCAACUGUGAACCCGGAUUUGGUCUGCAGGCUGCCGAUGGUUCCCCUGCAUCUGCACGUGAUGGGGCCACUGGUUGUCUCCUGUGCCCAGCCGGAAGCUUCUCUGAAAGGCUCGUGGACGACUUUGGUGAGACGUACCGCUGCGUUCCAUGUCCUGCAGGGAGUCACCAGAAUAUCCCCGGCAAGAGCGAUUGCCUGCUAUGCAAUCCAGGAUACAUUGCUCCUGAACCAGGCCUUGAAUUGUGCACUGCGUGUGAGUUUGGAACAUACGCCACAUCCACAGGGAUGAUGAUGUGUGAAACUUGUAGCAAUGGCACCAUGUGGACCACUAGCCGAGUAGUUGACCGCGGCCUUGAAGUUGAGACCUGGAUUGAAAUAGAAGGAGCCUAUUCCCCGAGCUUCUGUCACUGCAUGCAGGGAUAUCAUUUGCAUCGGGGCGAGUGCGAGCUGUGCAUCGAAGGAUCUAAGUGCCCAGGGUCCAGUAAGUUGGAGCUGUUACCCGGUUUCUUCUCAUUUGCAGAGGAGCCCGGCGAGAUUUUUGAAUGCUUCGGCUCCAAAGAACGCUGUCCUGGGGGGAUGCCUGGAACUUGCGCAAGUGGUCGUGAUCCAGAAAGUGUGGCGUGUGGUGCCUGUUUGGGGGGCAUGCGACCGGACGGGGGAACCUGCGUUGCAUGUUCCAGCACGGACUAUGUGUUGCUGGUUGUUCUCUGCACCUUGAUUGUUGUCUGCACUGGAGGCGUCCAUAUAUUUCUUGUGGUCACAGAUCAGGCAAGUGCCAAUCAGCGGAGUAGCCUUUUCACUGCCGCUCUCAGUCUUGGUCACUUGAUCACUUGUGCACAACUUUUCUCCAUCAUGCAGCAACUCCAGAUCAAUUGGGCGGAUCCGUUUCAAGUUCUCUUGGACAUUUUCAGCUUCAUAUCCUUGGAUGCGAUUCUGAGCUCAGUGGAUGCUAUCAAUUGUGUGGCGAGGGUCACUCCAGAGGUAGAGUAUCUGAUUGGAUCUUUGAUCGUGCCCCUCUUCUUCACUAUAGGUCCUAUUUUGGCCCAUUUCAAUGUGGUCUACAUGAUGCGCAGGGCAGGGAAAGCCAAGAGCUUUGGGCUUCACCUCUUAUGGAAGACAUUGGGAUUGUUCUCCCUGAUUUUCUUUAUCUCCCUUUGCUCGUCAUUUUUGGAGCCCUUUCGGUGCAACAGGCAUCCCAGUGGCUUGAGAACUUUGCAGAGCUCUCACAGUGUCCUGUGUGGUUUCACAGGGACACAUUUCAUCCUUUGUCUCAUUGGCGGCUUGGUUUGCCUGUUGCCCAUUACCUAUCUUGCAUUGUCGUGCUGGAUCAUUUUGGUGGAGUUGCCCAAGAGGGUGCGAGUGGCAGAUAUUGCCUUUAUCCGUGCAUGCUCAUUCUUGGUCAUGCGCUUCCACCCAGGGAAGGAAGUCUUCACAGUGUUGUUCCUGAUCCGAAAUGUGCUCAUCGUACUUGCCCCUUUGAUUCCAUCCUCCUCUGCGAGUCUCUUCUUGAUGGCCAUGCUGCUGGCAACAAGCUUUGGUUUGAUCGCCUACUACAAGCCCUGGCGCUCGCUUCUUUCUACGCAAGUGGACAUGCUAACUCAUUUGGCUCUGCUGCUGAUUUUACAGAUGGGAGCGCUUGCAGUUGUGGAUGUGCAGGAACAUGUGACCAUGAUCGUGUGCACCGCCUGUGCCAGCUUUAUGAUCAUUGCCAUUGUGUCUGCAGCCGCCCAGUCAGCAGCACGACACAUCCUUUCCAAACUUCACAAACAAUUUCACUUCUUCCUCUGUCAUCACAAAGCUUCCACGGCCUGUUGGGCGCGGCUGCUGAAGAUGGAACUCAGGUCCCGAGGAUCCUCCUUCACAGCGUUCUUGGACUCAGACAAUUUGACAGAUUUGACCCAGCUGUUCUCGUAUGUGAGUCAUGAUGUGAAGACCUUUGUGGUUUUGGGAUCAAGUCAGAUUCUUACAAGGAAAUGGUGCCUAGGAGAAAUGGUCAUUGCCAGACUGGAGAAGGUGGACACAGUUCUGCUGACCUUUCCUGGCUUUGAGCUGCCAGAUGAACAGUUUAUGAAGUUAUACCACAAGCUUGUCCCUGACAUCGGAGAUUUUGCCAGCUAUGGCUUUGGCAUUGCUGAAGUCCGUGAAACCUUGCACUGGUUGAGCUCGGUGAAACAGAUUCCAGUCAACAGUGACUUUACCGAAGGGAGCUUGACAUACAUCAUCAACCAGUUGACCAACACCUUCGUCAGUUUGCCCGCCACCACCUGCAGAACAGACAUGAACAUCUUGGCCGACCCAGAGAAUAUGGAAGCCAUCUCAACAGCUCACGUCUUAGCGAAGUUAAUGGCACCGUUGAUGAUGGGGAGUCAUAUUUCUUUGCCAACUGUCAUCGCAAAUCCGAAGCAGAAGUUGGUGGCUGGUCUGGCAGAUACCCAGUCGUCCCCCCAUUUGAUCGUGCUGUGCACUGAUCAAUGUCUAGUAUCGUAUUAUUACGCCAGCUGGCUGCUCCAAGCCAGACAUUUGCGUUCUUGCUUUGCGGUCCCGGUCGUUGCUGAUGAUAUUUUCGAAAUUCCUUCCCCUGUCAAGAUUGGAAAAUUAGUGCAGUCUUCCAGAUUGCAAGGACUUGAAACAAUUGAUACACAGGCCUAUGCCCACGUUCUCAAAUCCAUUUUCCUGGAAAUCGCGCUUCCCUUCUUGCCGGCACAAUCUUCCGAAGAAGACCUGAUGGUCAAAGCGAAUCAACUCGCUUUGCCGUUGAGGUCUGGAACUGUGACCACCUUGAACAAUCGGCUUGUGAUGGUCGACCAGCAGCAAUAUUUAUCCGAAAGCCCGGGCAACUCGCCGGGGAAGCCUCACCAUGGUCUGGAGCCUGAAAACGACGAUUUCGAGCUUGGCGACAACGAGAGUUACACCGCCUUAGGCGGUGUAUCCAGUGUUGCACUGACUCCUGGCCGUCAAAGCCGGCCCGAGAGUGAGGCGAUGUCCGAGUGGAAGACAGCAGUGCCACCCGACACCAAAGAGGCGGAGUUCCAGAUGUAUGCGAAGAUGUAUUUCUCCCCGACCGUGACGGCAAAAUUCUGAGGCCCUGAUGCCUAAGAGUAUCUAACAUGCUGUGUCAUAGCUUUGCUAAGUCAUCGGGGUACCCACAGCUAUCA